AUGACAGCCGGCGAACAGCCCAGUACAGUAGCCUUAAUGCCCGAGGUGGGAACAAAGGCCGUGAUGUUUGAUAUUUCCCCUCAUACCCGUGAGUGCUUUUUCGUCAAGAGCCAAAACCAAGACACCGCCUUAGCGGGGUCGUAUCAAUCCUUCUUUGGUGAUGGAAGUGUGCGGGUUACAGUAGAGGGGCCGGUUGCCUCUCAUAGAGUAGGGGGGCAACUGCCGCAACUAACUCCAAUUUAUUCCUCUGUAGAGGAAUCAGGGCACAUUCAAGUGGAGAUGGCAGUACGGGGAGAAUACGCAGUGUGCGUUCGGAAUUUACUAUCCUUCGACCAGACGGUGACCAUCGACUUCCACCUGCAGUCCAAGGAUGCCUCAUCUCACCCCAACCAGCUCGCUCUUGAGGACGAGGCACUCAAGCUAAAAGCCCUGACCGCAGAUGUAUUGGAGAAGGCGAAUUCUCUGUUUGAACAGCAGUCCCAUGCGAUGGUUCGCUUGGGCGUUCAUUCGGAGCUGGGGCAGUCAACUCGACGGAGGGCAACUUUGUGGAAAUGCAUUCAAAUGGGAAUGCAAGUGCUUUUGGCUGGAGUGCAGCUCUACUCUGUGAAAUCCUACUUCGAAGUGAAAACUAUCGUGUAG